AUGCCAAAUUAUAAAGACAUCGAAUCGGCUUUAGUUGAAGUGAUUAAAGUAACAUAUAGUCAAGAUCCAGAAGAUCAUGUUAGAUAUGUAGCAAAACAGCAUGUUCCAAAUGAGGAAACUUAUAAUGAAAGAAUGGCAGAUUUUAAAGAUUGGUAUAAUGAAGAGGUAUAUACAAGUUUAGAAAAAUUAUAUAAAUUAUAUCUUGAAUUAGCUAAUCAAGAAGAGAUUGUAGAAAAAAGAUCCAAGGAAGAAGUAGAUGAUAUUCUUCAAAGAAUUCACGGUUUAGAAAUCUAA